GGUUAGAUUUCUUGUCGCUCAGGAUUAUUCGCGUCAACCAGGAAGGGAGGUGAAAGUCGCUAUUGGCGCAGUUAAGGGAGGAGCUAAGAUGAGGGGGCGCGGCCAACUUUGGAAGGGAGACUAAAGAGAGGGGGCGUGGCUACCUUUUCUGUCGCUCAGGAUACGUCGGAUCAAGUAUGAAGAGUUGGGGCUACGGCGAGAGGCGUGGCUAACUUCCCUGUCGCUCACGUUAGGGCGCGUCACCCCAGACUAAAGCGACAGGGGGCGUGGCUUGAGGUCACGUGGUGAAGAUGGACCCCGUGCUGUACGUCGUGGCGGCGGCGCUCUUGGCGGCGCUCCUGAUUUUCGUCAGUCGCGUCAGAGGACAGACGAGGGCGGAUGAUGAGCAGCACCAGCAGCAAGUGGUGGCCACUGCAGCAGCCAGGCCUCAGCCUCUCACUGCAGAGCGGGGAGAUGGGAUGCCCAGGCGCCGAAGGAACAUGGGGAACCGGUUACUAGCUCAGAGGCGGCAGCAAGCAGAGGAUGCGUUGGAAGAGGAAAAUGAUGGCACUGAAGCUCCUGAGCCCCAGUUUUCUGGAAAGGUUGGUGCAAAGAAACAGCGAAAGUUAGAGGAGAAGCAAGCAAGAAAAGCUCAGCGAGAGGCUGAAGAAGCAGAACGGGAAGAACGAAAGAAGCUUGACAAGAAGCGAGAAGAGGAGAGGUGUAAAGAGGAAGAGAGACAGCGGCAGGAGGAGGAAAAACAGGAGGAAGAAAAGAAGAAGGCAAAAGAAGAGGAGGAACAGCGGGAGUACGAGGAAUAUCUCAAGCUCAAGGAGAGCUUUGUGGUGGAAGAGGAAGGGCUGGAUGAAGCCAUGACAGAGGAGGAGUCCCGUAGCUUUCUAACAGAACUACUUGACUACAUCAAGAAUGCCAAAGUGGUUCUCUUGGAAGACCUGGCUUCCCAUCUGGGCAUAAGGACACAGGAUGCAAUUAAUAGAGUACAGGACCUGAUGGCAGAUGGAACAUUAACAGGUGUAAUUGACGACCGAGGCAAGUUCAUCUACAUCACACCGGAGGAAAUGACUGCCGUGGCUGAGUUCAUUCGUCGGAGGGGACGCGUCUCCAUUACAGAACUGGCUCAACACAGCAAUUCUCUGAUCAACCUAGAACCUGAGCCCAGAGCACUUACUAAGGGGGUGGCAUGAGUUGCCUCUCUGUAUGUCUUGCAGGGCAGGAAUAAAGGUGUACUCAUAAACGGGGCAAAAUCUCCACACCUGUCAUAACACCAAAACAGUAGAUACUAAGUCAAUAAAUAAAAUACUACCAAGAAGAA